CUCCGGGACAUCCAUUCAUCACGACACCCACGGACUGACUCCAUCUGUCCGGCCACAGCAUGUGAGUGGAGGCCGGUGUGAGCUGCUGCUGCUGCGCUUCUGUCCGGAGCUGAUUGACCGACAUCCGUGGAAACGAUGAGCAGCGUCACACUUUCUGUCCACGUGCCGCCGCCGCUGCUGCUGCUGCUGCUGCUGCUGUGUGGACUCAUUGUGGCUCAGCCCCAGCUGCUGCCUGGAUCCUGCAACUUUGAACUGGGCACCUGUGGCUACACAUCAGACUCCGGCAGCUGGAGCAUGAAUGAAGAAGGACAUUUGAUAACCGUGGACUCGACCUUCUUGUCUGACGAGGAGCCCGCGGUCCUCGUCAGUCCAGUGUUGGAACAACACGACUGGAGCUGUUUGAGACUCGUGUACCAGAUUACUGGACAAGGUUCCCUUCAUCUCCACCUCAGACCUGACAGUGAUAACUUUGACCACCAGCUGUGGACCGCCAACACAGCCUCUGACAGCUGGCUCAUCGCGAGCGUGGACCUACGUAACACCACCGCCCCCUACCAGGUUCUGCUUGAAGGUCGACCUGAGUGUGGGUCGGGGAACAGCGUCGCCAUCUUUGAGAUUCACAUCGUCCCCGGUUACUGCAUAGAGUGUAAUUUUGAGGAGCAUCACCUCUGUGGCUACGGUAACAGCUGGAACCCAAAUGUCAACUGGUAUGUUGGAGGAAGUGUGGCCACAGAACCUGUGUCUAACCUGCUGGACGACGACACCAGCAAUAACCAGAGAGGACACUACAUGUACGUGGACUCUGUCUACGCCAAGCACUUCCAGGAAGUAGCCAAGCUGACUUCACCCAUGACCACGGUGCCCAUGGCCGGCUGCUUGUCCUUUUAUUACCAGCGAGACCAGGAGAGAGGAAACCUGUUCUCCGUUUUCACCAGAGACCAGCUGGGUCACUACGAGGAGAUCUGGAGGCCGGAGGUUUAUUCUACUGCAGGCUGGCGUCUGGUCAGCGUCGACAUCAAAGCCCUUCACCCACUGGAGGUUGUGUUUGAAGUGGCUUUCAACAGCGCCAGAGGAGGAUAUGUGGCCGUAGACGACAUCUCCUUUUCUCCGGAAUUCUGCCACACUGACACAGAGCCGACCUUUGACCCGUCCAUAGCCAACUGUGACUUUGAGAACAGCCUGUGUCUGUACUAUCAGGAGCGAGCGGAGAGCAAGGUGUGGAGCAGAGUUUCAGUCAAGGCCAACACUUACAGGAUCGGAGACCACACGACAGGAGCAGGCCGUUUCCUCCUGGCAAACACUCCCUUCACGUCGAGGCCUGGUUACAUGGGUCGCCUCCACGGUCCCCUUUUACCCGGGAACCACAAGUACUGCCUGAGGUUCUACUACAUGCUGAAUGGAUUUGGAAAAGCAGACAAUUCUCUGGUUCUGUACAUUUUCGAUGAGAACAAUGUGGCCCAGGAGAAAGUGUGGAGUGUUGCCGACACGUCCAGAGCUGUGUGGACUCUGGUGGAGGUCACCUACAUGAAGCCCAUGCUUUCCAAGGUAGUGUUUGCCAGCAUCUGCACUAAUUUCUGGGAGUGUGGCCUGGUAGCCAUCGAUGACAUCACUGUCAACAUGGGAGACUGUCGAGUCACAGCAGGUUCUCUGCCCGGUCAGUGUAACUUUGAAGAUGGAGUAUGUGGCUACAUUCAGGACAGCGCUGGAGACAAGGCCGACUGGCUGCGAGUCCGAGGACAGACCCCGACUUCCUACACGGGGCCCAGAGGAGACCACACCACUGGGGUGGGUCACUACAUGUACAUCGAGGCCUCCCUCAUGCGCCCGGGUCACAGAGCGCGGCUGCUGACCUCUGACCUGCGGGGCUCGUCACUCCCUCAGUGUGUGACCUUCUACUUUCACAUGUACGGCUCUGGCACUGGUCUGCUGAGCGUGUUACUGCGCCGAGGCAGCGGACGGCAGGACACGCUGCUGUGGAGGAGACGCGGAGAGCAGACCAUCAGCUGGAUGAGGGCAAUGGUGGACUACCGCUGUGACGACAGACACCAGAUUAUAUUUGAAGCUAUCCGAGGCCCGUCACUACGCAGUGAUAUUGCCAUUGAUGACAUCCUUUUCAAAAGAGGACCAUGUGAAGAUCCUGAUGACAUCAUUGCAUACUCAGGCUUUUCAGAGUAUUUUAAUGAGAUUGAGAACUGAGUGUGUGUGUGUGUGUGUGUGUGUGUGUUUCAGAGGUGGACUGCUUGGCUUUUUGUGACAAUUUACACAUUUGUAGAGCAAAGUUAACGUUGAUGCUGUCACUUGAACUCAGUUCAGUCUUUUCAGUAUUUGUCCUUUAACUAUUUUUCCCAUUUCAUGAUCAUAAUGGAAUUGUAUUACACAGAAGGGAAUGCCUGUGAUUUCAUCCAUCGACAACAAGUCUAUUUACUCCUCACAUCAUACACACGUGUGUGUGUGUGUGUGUGUGUGUGUGUGUGAACCAAGAACCUUCAAGAGGAAAAACAGGUUCUCGCCACUUAACAAAGGGUUUGGCCAAUAAAAUCAGAGCUGCCGUAAAUAUACAAUAUCUUCUGUACAUUUUUAGACCGGUUUCACAACCUGGCAAUCUACUGUGUA